AUGAUCUGCGCUCGCUUGGUCUGUCAACUCAAAACCCUGAACCUGCGAGUGGGAAACAGCACACUAACCCCACCCUUUCUCAGUGACUAUAGCUUCUUCCACGCACAAAUGGUGCCUUCAGGAAUUUUUUCCUUUUCUUCUCAAACAGGACCAUCGGACCCAUUGAGUGGUUCGUGGGAAACGACAGGAGAAGGUGCACAGAACUUUCAAGACUUCUCAGACAAUGGAUCUGCCCACCCGGGAGAUUCCGAGGACUAUUCUUUCCAAGUUGAUGGCCACAUCACGCCCAGAGGACAGGGCCAAAUUACCGAGGACCUGCAGAGCAAGUGGACUGCUCCCGCACCGGUGGGUGGUGAGCCCAUGCGGAGAGGAACUUCGCGCAGCUCAGCCGGGAGCCGCAAGCACCGGAUUUCCAAGGUCACAUCUCCCAAGGCUCGACCCAGAAUGACUGCUGCUGCGUCAGCUCAAGUCUCUGCUCAGCUGUCCACCAUGGACAUCACAGGUAAUGCCACAGUCUACGGAUCUCAACCCAGCGCCCAAAUUAUGGACGUGAACCCUUACUUCCUGGACACGGAUACGAGCGCCGUCUCGUCUCAAUGGUUUAACUCCAUGGAACUUGGCAUGAUGCCCGAUGGCCUGCCUUCAGGCGAACUGAACGUGCACGUCGUGCCUGCUCAGAUGCAGCUUGACCCGGACUCGAGCCUGGGUGCACACUCACCUUCUGCCUCCUGGAACUCUUUCAGCCCUGCGGAGUCUCACCUGUCUUCGCCGGCCGGAAGCACCGAAGAUUCGUGGCUCACUGCCCCCCUCAUGUCUUCGCCGUCACACUCGGAGCACGUCUCCCCCAUUAUUCAAAGCCAGUCUCCAAGCGCCAACGGGAAGUUCAUGACCGACGAGCUCGCUGGAAGCGUCCUCACCAUUGUCGGCGAUGCCGCGCUCCCCCCCGCUUUCCCUAACCGUCGGCCUACCAAUGAGGGCGACACUGCCCGGGACCACCCCCUGUACAAGAAUGCGACCCCGAAAGCCGAUGGCUUGUUCCACUGCCCAUGGUCCGGAGACGCCAGCUGCAACCACAAACCCGAGAAGCUCAAGUGCAACUACGACAAGUUCGUGGACUCCCACUUGAAGCCCUACCGUUGUAAGAUUGACUCGUGCGAGAACGCCCGUUUCUCCUCGACUGCCUGCCUGCUUCGCCACGAGCGAGAGGCUCAUGCUAUGCACGGCCACGGCGACAAGCCCUUCCUGUGCUCCUAUGAGGGAUGCGACCGCGCCAUGCCCGGCAACGGAUUCCCCCGUCAAUGGAACCUCAAAGAUCACAUGCGCCGUGUUCACAAUGACAACGGCAUCCCUGGAUCCCCUACCAGCACUAGCAACGGCCAGCAGAGCUCCAAGGGCCGCAAGCGCAAGGAUGCGCCCAAGGCCGCCGUCAUCGGACCCGCACCGCCUUCCCGCAAGGUCACUGCCAAGGCGGCCGUUGUGGAGGCUGCUGUCAAGGAGGAGCUGUCGUCCAAGCCUCUCAUCGAGGAGUGGAUGUCCCACCGCCAGGCUCUGGAGAACAUUGUUCGUGACAUCACCCAGCCUGAGGACAUGAAGAACUUGCAGCUCGUCAAGGAUGCCCACAACCUGUUGUCCGCCAUGGGCAAGAUCGCGCACAACCUGAACUCUGCUCAACCCAUGGACUCCAAGGUGCCCUUCCAUCGGAACUUUGUCCAGGCUGGAUGA